AUGGGGGAUCUUGUCCCAGAUACACCCAGCACGCCUUCGACCUACGUCGACGGCCUCGCUGCUCUCCUCCGCCAUGACACCCGAGUCAAAGUUGCAGGCAUUGACACCGAUGGAAUCCUGCGGGGUAAGGUCAUGGCCAAGGACAAAUUCUUGUCGAGUGCCGUCAAGGGCUUUGGAAUGAGCUCUGCCAUCUUUGGCUGGGACAUGCACGACGUGUUAUACACCACCCACACCGAGAUCAUGUCGGCCGAAGGAGGCUCCUCGGCGGAUUUCAUUGCAAUCCCGGAUCUGAAAAGUUUCAGACGCAUCCCGUGGGAGGAUGGGAUCCCGCUUUUUCUGCUACGAUAUGUCUCCUCGAACCAUCAACCGGUCUUCGCCGACGGGCGGUCGAUGAUCCGCGACAUCUGUGCACAGCUAGAGUCCCUCGGAUACACUGCGAAGGUAGGAACGGAACUGGAGUUCCACAACUUCCAGACCCCAUCCGAAGAUGGCUACAGCAACAGAGAGCAGACCCGGGACCUGGCUGGAUUUCUGGCCAAGAAUGGCCGAAAGAACCUAAGGCCGUUGACCGGGGGCAUGUUUGGCUACAGUAUCUCCCGCCCGGCCAUGAAUCGACAGUACUUCUACGAUAUAUUUGACCAAAGCCUGGAGUUCGGGUGUGAGUUAGAAGGGUGGCACACCGAGACCGGUCCCGGGGUAUUCGAAGCAGUGACAUGUCUCUCUGAUCCUCACCCUUCAGAUCUUGCCACUAACGUUCGAAGAUACCUCACAAAAUCAAUCGCCAUCCCCUACCACAUCACACCCUGUUUCAUGGCCAAGCCCAUCUUCGGCCUGCCGGGAAACUCUGGUCAUAUUCACAUCUCUCUUCUGUCGCCAUCAGGCAAUAACCUCUUCGCGCGCGAAUCCCCUGACGCCUCCGCCCCCUACCCAGACAUAGUCCACCUUUCCGACCUGGGCCGCCAUUUUCUCGCGGGCCUCUUGGAGGCGCUUCCGUCUAUCAUGCCGCUCCUUGCACCCACCAUCAACUCCUACAAGCGGCUCGUGGAGAAUCACUGGGCACCCAUACACGUCUCGUGGGGCCUGGAGGACCGCAUGUCGUCCAUUCGAAUGAUCGGGCCACCCGUGUCGUCCGCCAGUGCCACGCGCUUCGAGGUCCGCAUUCCUGGCGCCGACCUGCAUCCCCACUACGCAAUGGCGGCUGUCCUCGGUGCCGGCCUGCGCGGCAUCAGGAAGAAAUUGGCUGUGCCGGUGCCACCGACGAAUCUUCGAAACGUCACCGAGUUGGAGCUGCUGCCCAACACGCUGGAGGAGGCCGUGAAGCGGUUCAAGGCCUCAAGCAGCGUGGCGCGUGAUAUCUUAGGAGACGAAUUCGUUGACUUUUACGCCGCGACUAGGGAGCAUGAAUUGAGGUCGUGGAGAGAGGCAGUCACCGACUGGUAA